GCUGUGCGAGAGUUGGUCCAGGAAGCCAACUUCGACUGCAGCGAGGACGGUAUCCGUCUUCAAGCCAUGGACAACUCACACGUCGCCCUCUCCUCCGUAGAGCUGCGCACAGAUGCCUUUGAGAUGUUCCGAUGUGACAGGCCCAUGUCCAUUGGUGUCAAGCUGGACUCGCUGCAGAAGAUUGUUCGAACCGCUGGUAACGAGGAUGUGGUGACGCUCAAAAAGGACGAUGAUGGUGAUAACCUCAACCUCGUCUUUGAGGCUACUAAGUCGGACAGGGUGGCAGAGUACGACAUGAAGCUGCUCGACAUUGACUCUGAGCACUUGGGUAUCCCAGACACAACAUACGAGGCUGUUGUACGCAUGUCUUCUGCCGAGUACUCCAGAAUCUGCCGUGAUCUGGGCACACUAGGAGAGAGCGUCAGGAUCGAGGUGUCCAAGGAGGGUGUCAACUUCUCAGCCGAGGGAGAGAUUGGAGCCGCCAAGCUGACUCUGAAGCAGGGAUCCGGUUCCGCCACCACCAUUGACGAUGAUGAUGACGAGGACGACGAGAAGCCCAACAAGAAGAAGCGCAAGACCUCCAGCAAGGAAGGCAGCGGCGACGUGGUGCCCGUGUCGAUUGAGCUGCAGCAGGCCGUCAACCUCACCUUUUCUCACAAGUACCUAGCAAACUUCGCAAAGGCCGCACCGCUGAGUGAUGCAGUGGCCUUGCACAUGAGCAACGAAGUGCCCCUCCUGGUAGAGUUUGCAUUCGAGAACGGUCACGUCAGGUUCUACCUCGCGCCUAAGCUGUCAGAUGUGAGUGCCGACACUUGA